AUGUCUGGUCUCGCCGACUAUCUGGCUAAGAACUACCUCACGGCAGAUUCAGAAAAGAAAUCGAAAAAGCGCAAGAGGAAGAACAAGGACGCCGGACUUAUCAUCGACGACGAUGACAAUCUGGGCUGGAAAGAUAAAGCAGAUGAGGACGACGAGGAUGCGCCCAUGAUAGUCGGCGGAGGCACUCUCAAGAAAUCCAAGAAGAAAUCCAAAGGCACCAGUGCCGCAACAUGGACAGCCGUAGGCGUCGCCGCGCCCUCACACGCCGAACAACUUGCUGCCGACGCUGCCGCCGCAGAUGCAAUCAUAGCAGGGACCGCCGCCGAUCGCGAGAAGGCCGCUGAAGCGGAGGAUGAAGCGCCGGAGAUGGUAGACACAGACGGUGUCAUGAGGAUGGAGUCGGGCGCCAAAGCAGGUCUACAAAGCGCUGCCGAGGUCGCAGCAGCCAUGAAGAAGAAACAAGACGAGGAGAAGCGCAAAGCCGAAGAGGCCGCAAAGGAAAUGGGGAGCGCUGCGCAGGAGACCAUCUACCGAGACGCCAGCGGUCGCAUAAUCAACGUCGCAAUGAAGCGCGCAGAAGCACGGAAGAAAGCCGAAGAAGAAGAACGCAAGAAGCGCGAGAAGGAGAAGGCAGCGCGCGGAGACGUACAAAACGCAGAUGCAGAGCGCAGGAAACAACAGCUACAGGACGCGAAGACAAUGACGAUCGCCCGAUACGCAGACGACGCGGAGCUCAACGACGAGCUGAAGGAGCGAGGGCAUUGGAACGACCCUGCGUCAGGCUUCUUGCGCAAGAAGAAGGCUGGACGCAGCAUUACAGGCAAGCCUCUAUACCAAGGACCGUUUCAACCCAACCGGUACAACAUCCGCCCAGGGCAUCGAUGGGACGGUAUCGAUCGAGGAAACGGGUUCGAGAAACAGUGGUUUGAUUCGAGGAAUAGGAAAGCCAACAUUGAGAAGCUGGAAUAUCAGUGGCAGAUGGACGAGUAG